AUGUAUUACCGCUCGUUGAUCCUCUCGCUCUCUCUCCUCCCCGUCCUUGGCCUGGGCGCGCCGGCAAUCUCUUCUGUGACCGGAGCAAUCGCACGGCAGAGAUCCAUACAAUUACCGAAACGUGAUGGUGGCCUCAACUCGACAAAGACACUCGACACCGUCAACGGCUUUCCCGACCCUGUGGUGCACUGCUCCGGCCGCAAGCUGAGCGACGAGGGCGACACCGCCUACACAGCUGAUCUCGACACGGCCGUCACCUCGACCAGCACGUCCGGUCUGUACGGCUCCUGCGACAUCAGCGGCGACACGGUCGACGGCGACGGGGCGCUGGCGUGGAGCAGCGGCACCGUCCAGGUCUACUACUGCAACCAUGGGUUUGCGGCCACCUCGUGCGAUGUGAACGAGUACUGGCGCGCCGAUGCACUCAUCACGGACAGCUGCGGCGCAGACGGCGGCGGCUGGGUCACCAUCUCGGAGAUGAGCAUCACCAUCGGCCGUGAUCCGACCAACAGUGAUGGAAGUUUCAGGAGUGAAUGUGGAGAUGGUCUGCAUGGUGUCAACGAGAACUUUGUGAAUUUGAACAUCACCCGCGUGCGGUAG